GUCCGCCAUUUCGGCGUCACAAUCGCUUGAUAGAAUUGAUUGGGACGCCCUCGUUGAGAAAAACUUGAACCUCCAUUGGCAAAAUUCAGAAAAGGUGGUGAUUAAAAAAAGUGUUUUGCCUUUACUUGGGAAAAUUGUGAUUUUGGUUCAUAAGAUGGCGGACAUUGCUGUGUAAAUUUCGUGGCGAGAUAGUAAUAUUAUAGUGGCCGCCAUGCCGCCACCAGACAAGAAAACUUCGAAGGAGGAGACCAUUUUACAAACCUAUUUGAACUCUUUUGAUCAAGACAAUGAAACAACAACCACCAUUGCUGUUACUGGUGAAGUUGAAGAAGAAGCUGAUACAGGGGUGACAUAUUUUGUUGAUGAAGAAGGCAGAUAUUAUUAUCAACCGGCCGGUGACAAUCAGAACAUAGUGUCACUGCAGCCCGAAGUCACACAGGACAAUGACGGAGAGAUUACUGAGGAUGCACAGAUGCUUGUUGAUGGUGAAAGUUACCAGACAGUGACCCUCGUGCCCUCGGACACGGGGAAUGGUGAAGUCAGCUAUGUGUUAGUAAUGCAAGAGGAAAAUAAGCCUGUUGUCAACUUAAAUAUAAAGGUGGAUCAGGAGGAGAAAGGUGCUGAUGUCUACAACUUUGAGGAUGAAGAAGAUGCGGCUGAGGAGGGUUCUGACGACGGAGAUGAUGCACCAAAGACUAAAACUACAAAGAGGAAUAAGUAUGUUCGUCCCUACUUCACUUGCAGCUUCUGUUCGUACACGAGUCAUAGACGCUACUUGCUUCUGCGUCACAUGAAAUCCCAUUCGGAGGAAAGGCCGCACAAGUGCAGCGUGUGUGAACGAGGCUUUAAAACAAUAGCCUCACUCCAGAACCACGUGAACAUGCACAACGGUGUUAAACCUCACGUGUGCAAAUAUUGCAAGAGUCCGUUCACUACAUCUGGUGAACUCGUUAGACACGUGCGGUAUCGCCACACACACGAAAAGCCUCAUAAAUGCUCUGAAUGCGACUACGCCUCCGUGGAACUGUCCAAACUGAGGCGUCACGUCCGCUGUCACACCGGAGAGAGACCUUAUCAGUGCCCUCACUGUACCUACGCUUCACCAGAUACGUUCAAAUUGAAGAGACACUUGCGUACACACACCGGAGAGAAGCCGUACAAGUGUGAUCAUUGCAACAUGUGCUUCACGCAAUCUAACUCUCUGAAAGCUCACAAACUCAUACACAAUGUGGCCGAGAAGCCUGUGUUUGCUUGCGAGCUCUGUCCGGCCAGAUGCGGUCGGAAAACAGAUCUACGCAUACACGUCCAAAAACUACACACGUCGGAUAAACCACUUAAAUGCAAGCGCUGUGGUAAAUCCUUCCCAGACAGAUAUUCCUGCAAGAUUCAUAACAAGACACACGAAGGGGAGAAAUGUUUCAAAUGUGAAAUGUGCCCGUACGCCUCGACGACGCUACGUCAUCUGAAGACACACAUGCUGAAACACACGGACGAGAAACCCUUCGCCUGUGAGCAGUGCGACCACUCGUUUAGGCAGAAGCAACUGCUGCGUCGCCACCAGAAUUUGUACCACAAUCCCCACUACGAGCCGAAGCCACCCAAGGAGAAAACGCACACGUGUCACGAGUGCAAGCGGACCUUCGCCCACAAGGGUAACCUGAUCCGCCAUCUUGCCAUCCACGACCCUGAGUCUGGACACCACGAACGAGCACUGGCUCUGAAAAUCGGCAGGCAGAGGAAGAUCAAGACCAACACAGGAGGACCAUCUCAGGUUGUGGAUUCUGACGACGAUAUGAUGAAGCUGGGCCUCAAUAAGGAGAUCAAACGCGGUGAACUGGUCACAGUAGCUGACGGUGAUGGUCAACAGUAUGUGGUGUUAGAGGUGAUACAACUCGAGGACGGGACGGAACAACAAGUGGCUGUGGUGGCACCAGAGUUCAUGGAAGAGGAACAAGUAUUUGUUACAGAAGAGGAAGAGGAAGAAGAGGAACAGGAAAUUGAAACUCCUAAACAGAAAAUAUUAAACAGAACCAUUAAACUAGAGAAGGAAGUUGACACAUGCUUUGGAUUUGAUGAAGAAGAGGAGGAGGAGGCAGAGGAAGACAUAACCUACAGCGACAAAGUAGUGUUGCGUUUAGUGUAAUUUCACAAUAGUUUUUAUCAUUAAACACAUACACCGUCUGGUGUGAACGUAACUUAAAAGCACCACAGAUAAUAAUUCAGACAUACAUCUCCGUUCUAUAUUUGAAAAUAUCUUUUUAUUUUUUAUUUUUAUUUACUUGAACAAUGAAAAUGUAAUAUACCCUGUCCGGCCAUGUCUUUUGGUCGUCCAUUAAUUACUCGUAUAUUUAAUUUAAAAACUAUUUAAUGUUAAAACUAUUUACAUUCUGUACUAAGUGUAAUAUGGAGAUGGUUAUACUCUAUUAUUGGUGGUUCUUUGUUAGGUUAUUGUCAUUCGAUGAAUCUGUUCAUAGAUAUCUUGAUUGCCCGCAUAUACGAAGGCAUGUCUGUAGUUAGUAUUUAAAUGAUUUUAGCGAGAUUUCGUCAUCCCAAUAUGUAGCCACUGUCGUAACACCACUUAAAACCAGUAGACUUAGUGAUUCCUGACAGUGAUGCUUACUGACAGCACACCGCGACAGAAUGGCGCGUGUAGCUAGUACUUAUAGUUACAAUAUAAAAAAUAAUUUGGUAAAGCAUUUGGAUGACUCCUAACAACGUUAGGAUGGUCACCUAUAAUACAUAAUCUUAUAUAAUCAUCUUUCAGUGUACAUGUACUAGACUUAUUUAUAUAUAUAUAUAUAUGAUAUAUAUAUCUCAUAUGAGUACUUAAAUAAAGCGCUCUAAAAUAAUUUUAAAAUAUUUGUACUUUUAGGUAAAUGUCUUAAAUUGUCAUAUAAUGUAACAAUGUUACAAGUGUAACAUUAUUUUUUUUUUUAAUUUCUUUUUAGAAUUUUAACACGGUAAAUUCUUGGCUUCUCUGUGUUUGACCGUUUUAAUGAGAAUAUAUGGAAUUAUGUCUUUAAAAUAUCUUUACUUGGUACAUUUUAACGUUCUCUAUCAUGUUUUUUUUUUUGUUUUUUUUUUUUAAUAUUUAUAGUCUCAUAAUACUUGUCAUAUUUUAGGUAAUGUGCUUAAUCAGUUUGCUUGUGAAAUGAAUCGGGUUUAGUGAAUUUUUAAGGCAAGAAUGUAUAUUUGUUGUAUGUAGUUGUAAUGGUAUCGUUUACAUGUAAAUAAUAAUACAUUGGUAUUCAGAUGAUUUUUUUUUUAACAUAUUACAUAAAUGUCAUUUGAAAUAGUCUAAGAUCAGCUGGUGACUUUGUAUUUAAUACUUUUGUUUUUAAAAAUAGCGUCUCUCACACAAUCCUAGACUAUUCUUUCUGUAGUGUUUUGAGAAUUGAUUAUCAUCUCUAUCUAUAGUAGGAUUGUUUUUUUUUUUUUAUCACAAACAAAUUAUAUUUUUUUUAUAACAACUAUGUAACAUGCGGUCACAGCUGAUCUGGAGCACAGUUUUUUUUAUAGCAGUACAUACACAGCUCUGGAGUUCAACCGGAGCCGCAGUUAUUUAAUGUGUUGUUGUCACUUGUUCUCUGUAACUGUGUCUAUAUUUAUGUGCACUAUAUGUUUAUGAUGAACAUACAAAUAAAGUGGUUAGAUUGUUC